CCACACCCAACUCUUCGGUAUAGCCAUGUAUUUUUCCUGCAGUCAGAAGUAUCUUGCCGAGGAUUAGAUGUGCGUCAGGCAAUACGGCCGACGAAACAACGUUCAUAUCACUAAUUAACUAAAAUCGAUUAUUACAGAAAUUCUAUCUUCUUGGAUAAGAUCCGACAUUGCGAACAAAAGGAUUAUAUCAGAUCCGAGUCUCAUAUCAGAUAUUUGGAAUCUCGUUUGGGAAUUUAAACGUUUAUUACAGCGCGAUGGAGGAGACGACGCUGUCGACGUUUUUGUCCGUGUCUUCCAGCUCGCCGAAUGAAGCCUCUACGAGGGACAUGGAGGAAAUGGAAAUGGUGCAGUGGCUGGAGAACGAGGCAUUACCGGGCUUUCGCAUCUGGCAGCUUGCCGGUAUCGUUCUCUCCGUUCUGCUAAGCAUUGUCGUCGGGUUGUGCUGUUGCAUUCGUUUCCGCGUGCCCAGAACAAAGCAGGAGAUCGAGGCGGAUUACAUUCGCAAGAAAAUCACCAAGAGUUUUCGGAACGAGCUCUCGAAGAUCAGCAAUACGGAGAUGGACGAGAUGGAUCUGCAGAAAGCUCUGGAGAGAAUCCGAAACGAAUAUGAGAGGGACACGUCCGCGAUAGCGAAGGAGUGCACGGAAAUGGAGCGCAGCGCUCAGCAGGGCUUUCGAUCCAGAUUUAACGCCAUGUUCGGUGGGAUGCGUGUGCGUUUUAAUCAACGCGAGCACACGGAAUUGAACGCCACGAUCUAACGACAGUGGAUCGCUCUCUGAUAUCCUGUAUGAAGAGAUAAAAACGAACCUCUCAAAAAUGUCUCGUAAUUUUCUCGUCGCACAAAUUUAGGGAUAUCGAAUGAAACAGAACAAGGUGAGAAAUAUAUGGCUGCAUUUAACAGAUAAAGCAGCUUUACAACAGUUGUAAGAUUCUUUACUGUGAUUGAUUUUCUUAGUUC